AUGGCGCUGAUAUCAUAUCCGACAAAGGACACACUCUUCUUACUAGACGCUGGGAUAGCGAUAAACGCCAUGGAGCAGCUACCGCCCAAAGUCUUUGUUAGAAAGAUUGCAGAGGUGUUUCCCAGGUCGGCGGUGCUUCUUGGUCCCAGGCCUGCGGACAACGUGGCACGACUGGGAAGACUAUCCGAGAACAUUCGGUCGUAUAUAGUUUGCACUCUGCUGUGCAUGCAACGGUUGCAUCAGCAGAUUAGACGCCCAAAUAGCAUUUUAGACACAAGGAAUUGCCGCAGAAGGCAGCUGGCAGAGAGCAGAGAAGCAUUCUACGUGCUCCUAAGGAUAUACAUAAAGCUUUAUGAGCAACGAGAUCUGCGGGCAUCAAUCUUCUCUGGGCUCUGUGACAUGUCUCCUAGGGAUCUAAAUUUCCUCGAGAUAGAGCUCCUUUGCAUGUUGCACUUUUCACUAAUAAUCAGCACAGAUGUAUUCUUGACCGUGGUUUCUGACAUCUGUAAAGGCAAAAUGACUAAAAUCUAA